AUGUUGCAAGAGCAAAAGCACACGAGAAACUAUGAUGCUCUAGAUAGCCCGGCAGGCCAAAAAGACCUGUACCGGUUAGCUAAAUCUAGAGAGAGAAUGAUGAGGGAUGUUAGCAAAAUUAAGUGUGUAAGGGAUGGAAUAGGAACGGUCCUCUCGGAUGACGUGAGAAUAAAAGGAAGGUGGAAGGAAUAUUUUGAAAGACUGAUGAAUGAAGAAAAUGUGUGGAGUGGUGUGCUCUACAAUAAACCAGUAAAUGAGGGCCUAGUCAGAAACAUUUGUGUGGAUGAGAUGAGAAAAGCACUGAAUGGAAUGAAGAAUGGCAAAGCGUUAGGACCGGAUGAAAUACCAGUGGAAGUGUGGAAGUUAUUGAGGAUGAAUGGAUGGAAGUGGUUAGCUUUAUUCUUCAAUAAGUUGUUGCAAGAGGAAACAAUACCGGACGAAUGGUGCAAUAGUUUCCUGGUGCCCAUUUUUAAGAACAAGGGUGAUGUGUUGGACUGCAAUAACUAUAGGGGAAUAAAGUUAAUGUCAGAUAGUAUGAAAGUUUGGGAGAAAAUUAUUGAAAGAAGGCUGAGAGAAGAGAGUGAUAUCUCACGAAACCAAUUUGGUUUUAUGCCUGGUCGGGGUACAACGGACGCUAUAUUCUGUAUUCGCCAAUUGUGCGAAAAGUACAGGAGCGCACACAAGAACUUACAUAUGGUGUUCGUUGACCUCGAAAAGGCAUAUGACCGGGUACCUCGUGAGGUUUUGUGGUGGGCCCUUAAGUAUGUGCAGUUGAUCCGAGCGAUGUACGGCAGAUGCAGUACACAAGUCCGGUCCACAGCCGGCACUACCGCCAGUUUCAGUGUAGGCGUUGGCUUACAUCAGGGGUCGGCGCUCAGUCCUUACCUCUUCCUGUUAUUAAUGGACGCCCUUACAGCGGACAUACAGGAGGAGGUCCCCUGGUGUAUGCUUUUCGCCGAUGACAUUGUUCUGGUGGGGGAGAGUGGGCCAGAGGUCCAGAGCAGAUUGGAGGCAUGGCGGCUAAGACUCGAGACGGUGGGUUUAAAGGUCAGCAAGAGCAAAACAGAGUACCUACAUUGUGAUUUUGGCGGUUUAUCAAGACCCAUGACCAUAACCCUAGCCGGCAUGCCCCUACCAGUCUGCUCCGACUUCCGGUACCUUGGUUCACUCGUCCAAAGUGACGGUGAGGUGGACAGGGACGUUACGCAUCGGAUCAAUUCUGGAUGGAUGAAGUGGCGACAGGUAACAAGCACCAUUUGUGACCCACGGAUGCCCCUCAAACUGAAGGGCAAAAUUUACAAAUCCGUAAUAAGACCUGUCGUCCUGUAUGGCUCAGAGUGUUGGGCAUUGAAAAAGAAGGAUGAGAAAAGAGUGCAUGUCGCAGAGAUGAGAAUGCUGAGAUGGAUGUGUGGGGUUACCAGAAUGGACAAAUACGUAAAGAGGAGUAGCAUAUAG